AUGAAGAGAACUCCGCUUUAUCAGGCACAUAAAACGCUCAAUGCCAAAUUCACUGAAUUCGGUGGGUGGGAGAUGCCGCUCCAAUAUAGCAGUAUUGUUAAAGAGCAUCUCGCUGUCCGAACUCAUGUUGGCUUGUUUGACCUAUCGCACAUGGGAGAAUUCGAGAUUCGUGGACAGGGUGCAAACGAGUUGGUGCAGAAACUUAGCACGAACGACGUGGGACGUUUAACAGAUGGACGUGUGUUGUAUACCCUAUUCUGUAAUGAAACAGGCGGAAUCGUUGACGAUCUGCUCAUUUACCGGCACGCCAAUAAUCACUAUAUGCUGGUCGUCAACGCUGCCAACAUUGAAAAAGACUUCGCAUGGGUGGAAGCUCACAACGACACGGAUGUAGUAGUAAAAGAUGUAAGUGAGGACACCGCACUCAUUGCACUUCAAGGUCCAAAGUCGAUAAACAUUCUGAAGCCUUUCGUUCCUGAACGAGAUGUUUCUGAAAUUUCGUUUUUUCGGUUUGUACUCGGUGAAGUCGCGGGGAUCCCUAUUGUCAUUUCACGAACCGGUUAUACCGGGGAAGUUGGCUUUGAGUUAUAUGUUGAUGCCAACGAUGCAGAAAAAUUGUGGAAUGCCCUCUAUCCUGCUGUGAUGGAAGCUGAAGGGCAACCGGUGGGACUUGGCGCGCGCGACACGUUACGCCUUGAAGCCGGGCUCCGCCUCUACGGCAUGGAUAUGAACGACAACACGAACCCGUAUGAAGUUGGUCUCGGUAAGUUCGUCAAAUCCAAGAAUCGCCAAUUUAUCGGUAAAAAGGCACUUCUUACACAGAAACGGGAGGGCAUGACGAACAGGUGA